AUCCACUUCCUCAAACUUUAAAACUACCAGUGUGUCCGGUCCAGCCGGAUCACGCUCAUUUUCCAGCAAGCCUCCCCUGUGCAGGAAAGCAAAGCUGUUGAACGGCAGCGGUGGCUUCGUGUAGCACCAGGCCCGGCGCUGUGGUGUCUCAAUGGCAGACCUGAGGAUCAGAGCUGGUGCGACCAGAAGCCCACAGAGAGGAGGCGGACACUUCGCUGCCUUGUCCCUGGUCACGCUGCUGUCUGCGCUGCUCACCUGCGGCGUCAGGUGUGCAGAAAGCGACAAACCGAGCAACAUUAUCCUCGUGCUUGUCGACGACCAGGAUGUUCAGAUAGGUGGGAUGACACCAAUGAAGAAGGCAAAAGCCUAUAUAGGAGACGAAGGAGCAACAUUUGUGAAUUCUUUCACAGUCACGCCACUGUGCUGCCCCAGCAGGAGCAGUAUUUUGACAGGUCGAUACCCUCACAAUCACGAGGUGAGAAACAACUCCCUCAAUGGGAACUGCUCCAGCCUUCAGUGGCAGAAAGGCCCCGAGGCAGAGGCCUUCCCCACCUACCUCAACAAACUGAAAUACCAGACAUUCUUUUCUGGGAAAUAUCUUAACCAGUAUGGUAGCAAAGCAGCAGGAAGUGUUGGCCAUAUUCCACCUGGCUGGGACCAGUGGCAUGCACUGGUGGGAAACUCUCAGUACUACAACUACACUCUGUCAGUCAAUGGGAAAGAAGAAAAGCACGGUGACAGUUACGAGGACGACUACCUCACAGACCUCAUACUGAACCGGUCUCUUCACUUCCUGGAUGACAGGAGCCCUCAACAUCCGUUCUUCCUGAUGCUGUCCCCUCCAGCUUGUCACUCCCCCUGGACUGCAGCGCCUCAGUACCAGAAAGAGUUCAAGGAUGUCCAGGCCCCUCGAGAUGGCAGCUUUAACAAGCCAGGGAAGGAAAAACACUGGCUGCUGCGCCAACCUCCUAACCCGAUGCCAAACAGCUCAAUCACUUUCCUGGAUAAUGCAUACAGGAAAAGGUGGCAGACCCUGUUAUCUGUGGAUGACAUGGUGGAGAAGCUAGUGAAGAAACUUGACAGUAUAAAGGAGCUAAACAACACCUACAUCUUCUACACUUCAGAUAACGGCUACCACACAGGUCAGUUCUCACUGCCCAUUGAUAAGAGGCAGCUCUAUGAAUUUGACAUCAGGAUUCCGCUAAUGGUCCGCGGUCCUGGCAUAAAAGCCAAGCAGGUGCUGCAGGCUCCAGUACUGAAUAUAGACCUGGCUCCCACCAUACUGGACAUAGCUGGAGUCAAUCUGUCGUCUGUGAAUGUGGACGGGCAGUCUUUCCUCGCUCAGAUGGCUCCUUCAUUGCGUAAUGGCACUGCACGACCAUACUUCCUUGUUGAGUACACUGGAGAAGGACAGCCAACGUCAGAUCCUACUUGCCCUAAAUUAGGUCCAGGAGUAUCUCAAUGUUUCCCAGACUGUGUUUGUGAAGACGCCUACAACAACACGUACGCCUGUGUCAGAACUCUGGACAGCAAAAUGAACAUGCAGUACUGUGAAUUUGCAGACAGUGAGUCGUAUGUAGAAGUCUAUAACCUGACGUCGGACCCGCAUCAGCUGGAGAACAUCGUGAAGAAGGUGGAUCCCUCCAUCCUGCAGAUCAUGAACCAGCGGCUCAUAAAGCUCCAGUCCUGCGUGAGUGACAGCUGCCGGGAUUACAAGCAAAAAUAAGACCGCCAAAGAAGCUGCCAAACGAUGACCACACCAAAGUCUGAAAGGAGGGUGGGAUCAGUCUGUCCAAAUUUUUACAUAUAUGAGAUGAGAUUCUGACAGGAAAAAAAAACAUGGUUGACAAAUAAAGUGACUGGUGGCUGUAUUCCACUUAACUGUGUCAGUUUCAGGGGCCCAGAGUCAUUACUUUCUUUGGAAAUUUGCUCUUUUGAUGACAGGGACACAAAUUAUGCAACUUGUUUAUAUAUACAGAUAUAUAUGAAGCCACCACUAGAAGUUUGGUUAGCUUAGCCUGUAUAUGGGGGAAGACGGCUUGCCAGCGUGCAAUGAUAACGCAAUCAACAUUUCGUACUAUAUACCAGUAAAUAGAGAUGGAUUGACAUAUCUGGUAAACACUGAUAUCAGCCAGUAUCGACCUUGUUGAUUGUUAUCAGCGUGUGCACGCAUUUGCACUAAAUGUUCAAACAUUUAAAAAUCUAAAGGACUUGUCAAUUUUUUUUUAUAUGAUGUCGAUAAAAGCAAGAAAAAAGACAACAAAGUAAACAUUACCCAAUCGUUAUCAGAUAUCGGUCAAAAUGUUGGAUUAAACAUCAGUACUGGAAAAGGGUUCACAGUUGGUGUAUUAUCAGUAUACUUUUCCUUUUACGAGUCAAAAUUUCUGCCGUCUUUCUGAGCCACACUCGUCUAGCUUCUCUUGUAAGUUUACUUUUGUUUUUCAAAGGCGCUACAUGUAAGCUCAGUGUUAUGGCAUUCCUCUACCUCUCCAUCAAGUCUCUGCAGUGAAAUGGUAGACCUUAUUCUGCACUCUUGGUGAUCUGUUGGAAGUUGGAGGAACAUCCUUACCAAAAUUGGCAGCUGGUGGAGAACUGGCUCAUCUACUGCUAUGCCAGGCUCACCAAGACUGCAGAGUGCAAGAACUAAGUCCAGGUUUUGGAGGGACUCAGUGGCCAGUCUUCAAUUUGAAAAACGUUAGAUGGGAAAGAGUUAGCUGCUUAGCAGUGUCUGAAAUUCCCACAUAAAAUACUUGCGUAAAGCACCUCUAAGAUAACCUGCUUUCCCCAUGCUGUCGUGUGUUUGUGUAUAAACUGCAAUUUUCAGGCAUAGUCAGUGUCUUCUGAACAUUUCACCAUUCUCAGAAACACAAAAUGUUUGAUUCUUCUUCUUACUUUGAUUGUGAGCAGUUAAGAGAAAGGUUUACUGCUACACUGAAACUGUGACUCAUCAUCAUCGUCUUUGAAGAGUUGGUUUAACAUUCUAGGGUUUCAUUUAAAUGCUUUCCAUGAGUUGGAUGAAGGGAUUAAUAUGACUUAACUUUUUUUUUCAUUCAGUAUAAACAUACCACCAAUUAUUAGUUAGCCAGCACAGAAAAUUUAAGCAACUGCGUGUAAGUAGGUUUACACAUGGUUAUGCUAAUCUGACCAAACCAAAAGCUGCUUCUAACUGUAUAAUGUGGAGAUGUAUUGUGUCAAUAUUCUUUUUUGUUUUUGUUCAUUUUGCUUUUUUUUUUUUUGUGGCAAAAGCUUAGUUUCCAUAAAAGAUCUUUGUACUCUCAUAACUAUCUCUGCAACCCUUUCAAUGAAAGACAACAAAGUCUGAAAUGUUCACCAUGUCCUGUAUCCAGUAUAACAGUUUAUUUUCAGUAUUGUGCCUCAGAUUUGAAGAAGGAACUCGGCUUUUAAAAAACUGAACUCUUUAUUACUAAGAGCCUUUUUUUAAUUGGUAGCAGGAACACAUGCUGAUAUUUUUCAUAUGUUUUCUUACUGCAAGGAAUAUAUUAAGGGAACUUUUGCACAGGGAUGUUUAAGAUGAACACUUUAAUCCUGUCAGCCUUAUGUUCGCACUGAUGAGGUGCAUGUGCCUUUAAAAUGUGAACAAAUCUGCACUGUGAUGAAACUGAUUAAAUUAAAUGAAACAUUUAAAUGCA